UCCUUGAAAAAAAAAAGAAUGAAUUUUUCGCGCGAAUUCACGUAUUUACAUUCAAUCGUAGAUUGUCAAGUGGUCAAUACAGGCUACGAAAUGUGAUUUUAAUUUCUCUCUCACGCUCUCCCCCUACGUCAAUCAAUUCUCAAUACACAAAUAGAGAGAGACACACACACACGCAAACAAUAAUAAAUAAAUCGUACACCCGAUGAAUUAAAACAAACCAAUCAGCUAACCAACCACAGAGUUAAAAAAAAAACGAUAUAACUCAUAAAAUAAAGAUGGAUAAGCUGAUAAACAAGUGCGAGCACAUUAAGAUUAUUGCCGACACUGGUCGAUAGAGAGCGAAAGCCAACGUGAGCGAGAACGAACGAAAGAGAAUAUCGACAUCGUCUAGAAUAACUUGAUAAAAGGAAGAAAAUCAUUAUAGUAUCUGUUUAUUUAUGCGGUGUUCGUGCUUGUGUGCUCUCGCAAUCGAAUUAAUUGUCAUUUUCGAAAAGUUAUUGAAAAGAAGAGAGACGGAAUGAUUGUGAUGGAAUAUAUCAGGUUUUAUAAAAUCAGUCGGUUUUCAAUUUUGCAUUUUAUUAGCAUUUCAUUCGUCGUGCCGUUCAAAUCGACUGAAAAUUAUUUUUUUCGUUGCCAAUUCAAAAUUCGUUAUUUGUUCUGAAGCAACAGAAAAACAGCACAACUGGCAUUUCACUCAAAAUCAAAUGCAAACCAAAUCAAAUAGAAAUUUGUUAUCGUUCGUUGUGGAUAUUCUAUAGUAUUUUGCCAAUCAUUUGUGUGUUUCUUUUCGUUUAGUGUUUUUGUUGGUUUUUUUUUGUUAUCGUCGUCGUGGUCAUCGUUGUCAUUCGUCCUUUUGAUAAUUUGACUUGACACAUUGACACGUGUUACGAUGGCGUACAUUUUACACGAUAUAUAUGAUUGGUAUCGGGACCUGAUGGAUAACAAAAGUGAUCCACGGGUGAACGAUUGGCCGAUGAUGAUGUCGCCGUUCCCGACAAUCGGAAUCUGCAUAUUCUAUGCAUAUUUCAAUAAAAGCCUAAUGCCAAAAAUAAUGGCCAAUCGCAAGCCAUUUGACUUAAGGAACACUUUAGUAGUUUAUAAUCUUUUUCAAACCGUAUUUAGUAUAUGGAUAUUCUAUGAAUAUCUUGCGAGCGGAUGGUGGGGUCAUUAUAGCUUUAAAUGUCAGCCUGUUGAUUACUCGACCAGCCAACUAGCGUUAAGGAUGGCGGCUACUUGUUGGUGGUAUUACAUAGCUAAAUUCACGGAAUUCUUUGACACAUUUUUCUUCAAUUUGCGAAAAAAGACUGAACACGUUUCAACUUUACAUGUUAUUCAUCAUGGUUGUAUGCCUUUCUCCGUGUGGCUCGGACUCAAAUUUGCACCAGGCGGUCACAGCACAUUCUUUGCCAUGUUAAAUACUUUUGUACAUAUCAUUAUGUACUUCUAUUAUAUGAUUGCCGCCAUGGGACCAAAAUACCAAAAAUACAUUUGGUGGAAGAAGUAUUUAACCGCUUUCCAAAUGGUGCAAUUUGUUGCCAUUUUCAUUCAUCAAUUCCAGCUAUUGUUCAGAGAAUGCGAUUAUCCAAAGGGAUUCAUGAUUUGGAUUGGAUUGCAUGGUGCAAUGUUCUUGUUCUUGUUCUCUGAUUUUUACAAAACCAAAUAUACAUCGAAUCCAAAAAAAGCAGCCGCACUCAAAAAUGGCACAACCAACGGCACUGUCAACGGACAUUGUGCCAACAAAAAUGGUAAAGAGACGACCAUAGCCAAUGGAUAUACUAAAUUGGCCAACGGAUCAAGUUCCAACAAUGGUAAUGGCAUCAAGAACGGCAUUAACGAAAAUGGCCAAAGCAAUCUACGUAAUCGACAAACGGCUGUUAAAUAAACACAAAAUCACUGUCUACAAAUUGAAUUUGCAUACUAAAAUGAAAUAUUUAAAGAUUUAAACAAAAAAAAACAAUUUGUUUUUUUUUUCGAAGCAAUCAAACAAAAACAUUUAUAUUAUUUUUAAUUAUUAUUAUUAAUUUUUUGUUGUUGAAAAAUCAAGAAAAUGAAAAGAGGAAGUGAAUCUAAUCUUUCUUUGAUAGGCACAUAUAAUUUUAUUGAAAGGAAGAAGAAAAAAAAAAAAACAAGAUUAAAAAUGAUGUGGAAAAAUUCUAACUUUACAGAAAAAAUUCAACCCAAAAAAAAUCAAAUGAAGAGCUUACUCAAAGAUAAACACACAAAAAUAAAACAAAGUGAAAAAAAAAAUCAAACUGGCACACAAACUACAUUAGAAAAAAACUUUUUUUAGCUCACCAUGACUUGUCACUCAAGCAGCAUUUAUUUUGAAAAUUGAAACGAAAAUAUGCACAACUUUGUGCGCAAAUAUUUCGAAACAUAUAUUCUUUUUAUGAGUGUACACAAACAAUGAUUCUUCAUAAAUAUUUCGGAAACAAUCGUACAUUAUAGCAGCCGAACAUUUGGCAUUGUACAGAUUUAUACAGAUAUAUAUAUAUAUAUGUAUAUUCAAAACACAAAUUUGCAACAACAAUUUAAUUUGAUAUUCAUCUGCUUUGCAAAGAGCUACUGGCAGAAUCAAAAGUGAAGAAAAAAAAAGAAAAAAAAAAGAAAUCAAAUAUUAUUAAGUAGCAUAGGAUGCAUUCAGAUCUAAUAUUUAACAAUGUAAAAGAAUCUAUUAAUUUAUUUAAUACUUUAUUGAAAGGGAGAAGAAAGGAGCAUAAAUACACACACACAAGAAAAGGCAUCAACAACUACUGUAGGGACAAAAAUUAGUAUGAAUGUUGCGUCUUUGAUUUUAUUUACUGUAGAAAAAAACCAACCACACGGAGUAACAGCGGAGUAACAGACACAGUAACAAGAACAAUAAAUUUAUGCAAAAAUGAAAAUAUCCAAAAUCUAUAUUUUUUAAAUGGAAUUAUGUUUUAAAAUUACACAUAGGAUUAAUUUAUUAUACAAAUAUUCAGAAUGGGUGUUCUAUGGUUAAAAUUUAAAUGAAAAAAAAAAAAUUUAUAAGAUUAAACGUGAAAAAUCACAUUUGCAUUCACAUACAUUCACACAUAAAAACAACAACAACUAUUGCUGCAACAACACGCAAAUGCAACACACAAAUUCAUAUUUAUAAAGUUGUAAUUAAGCUGGAAAAUAGAAAUUAAUUUGAAUAAAUGCUCUUUUUUAUAACCACUGGAA